CUGUAUUUGCUUAGCUCCUUUGUGUAGGCUUGUGUGUGUGGCAUUUUCAGAAGGUGUCGCGUCGUGUCUGAACCGCGCUAGCUGUUCUCUGCCGAAAGUCGGCGUUGGUUAUCCCUCAACGGACGGUGUUUAGAGCCCCGAUACCGGAAUCGAUACGUGCGUUCGAUCGACCAUCGAUAAUCGCCGUCUUGUGGAUUCGAACUCGUGGAGUAGCCUCGGUGUUGUGGAUCAGCGAUCGUAGCAGCAGCAGCAGCGUCGAGUGUAAAAUCUGGUGGUGCGCGGGUGCCACGGACACAAAGGAACGACAGACACCGCGCCCCGUGUGUGUGUGUGUGUGUGUGUGUUGGGUUGAUACAGCAUCAGCAGCAGCAGCAGCAGUGAGUGAGAGAGCGCCGCUUCGUAUAGCGGUGGCGGUGGUAUUGUGACGAGAGCAGGAGAUGUAUCCGAACAGACAUCCCGUGAGCCCGGCACCGCACCAACCCGGGCAGCCGUUCAAGUUCACUGUUUCGGAAUCAUGCGACCGCAUCAAAGAGGAAUUCAACUUUUUGCAGGCGCAGUAUCACAGCUUGAAGAUGGAGUGCGAAAAGCUGGCGAGCGAGAAGACGGAGAUGCAGCGUCACUACGUGAUGUACUACGAGAUGUCAUACGGACUGAACGUGGAGAUGCACAAACAG